CUGUGUAAGCAGAUGAAAGCCAGCCUCCCCCUGUCUCCUCGUGGGUGGAGUGAUUUUUGUCGUGGUCGCGGAGAGGAGCAGGGAGGCAGAAGCCUCACGCUCACUCAUUGAUACUCGCACUGAACGGAAGAAGGGGAGAGCGACUCAUACACACUUACACUCACACACACACACACACACACACACACACACACAGCAGGCUGUGAGCUGGGAUGGUAGCCGAGGAGAUAGUGGUCUCCCUCUCAGGAGGUUCCCCGUGGGGCUUCAGACUGCAGGGAGGAGCAGAGCAGCAAAAACCUCUACAGGUGGCCAAGGUACGCCGGCGCAGCAAAGCGUGCAGAGCUGGACUGAAGGAACAUGAUGAGCUGGUUGCCAUUGGCGACCAUAUGUGUGGAGAGCUCAGUCAUGCUCAGGCCAUGAGCCUCAUCGACAGGGAGAGCGCCAUACUCAACCUGAGGGUCAAAAGAGCCCCUUCUGGAUUCCACUCCUCGUCCUACUCUGGUUGCUCCUCCGUGAGGGUCCUGUCCCCCCCCGCGGGCCCCUUGCCCUCCCACCGUUCCUCCAUCCUCUCACCCACCGGGAUACCCAGGGGCAUCACGUCCCCUCCAGACAGCGAGGCUUACUAUGGAGAGACAGACAGCGACGCAGACACACAGUCACUGACGCUACGCCGCCCACGCCGUACACCUCCUCACGCACGCUCACCUGCUCGCUAUGACAACCAGGAGGAGGAGGAGACGUCAGAGAUGAGCGGGUAUGAGAGCGCCACAGAUGCAGGGGUUUCCAUGCAGGGGCAGUGGGAAGGUCAGUGUCUUCCUGGCGUCCCUCGCAGAGAGCUCAUCUACCAGCCUCCCCAGACCGAGUGGAUCACUCCAGCACACACCCCGCACACUCUGACCCCUCGCACGCUCACGCCGACCCCUGACAUGGGCUUGAUGGAGGCGGAGGGCGAAGUGGACAGCGGCUUCCAGGAGGCGGGGGGGCCCUGCAUCGGGAUGACCUGCCCGCCGCUCGUGUCUCCUGAGCGGGCGAAGGAGGCUCUGAUGUCGGGCUCUGGGAAACAACUGGUGCCCAUGGUUGGACCACAGCUGACCCCAGUCAGCGACGAGCUCUCCACCACCUACAAGGAGAAAGCACGGCAAGCCAAGUUGCAGCGUGGGGAGAGCGUGGUGGAGAAACAGGUGAAAGAGGCUCGCACUAAAUGCCGCUCCAUUGCUUCUUUGCUGACUGAUGCGCCCAACCCCAACUCGAAAGGGGUGCUUAUGUUCAAGAAGCGCCGGCAGAGGGCCAAGAAGUACACGCUGACCUGCUUCGGCAAAGCUGAGGGAGACAGAGGAGCGGACACAGAAGGAGACACAGGAGGGGAGACGGAGGAGGAAGGAGGAAGCUCCAUCCUGAGCGGCUCAGAAGUUGAUGAAGAGGGAUUCUCAACAUCGUAUGACCCAACGUGGGACAGCGGUUAUCUAGACCUGCUGGACAGGAAAAGCUCUGCCUGCCCGUCAACCACGCCAACUACUCCAACAACGCCCACAGCCAAUCACAGCUCAGGCCUGGAUAUCUCAGCCUAUCAGACACCAGGAUUUGUGACCUCUGUCAAUCAAAGCCCAGGGGUGGAGGUCUCGGCCUAUCAGGGCUCAAGGCUGGAGAGCGGCGUUGCGAAGCAGCCAAUCAGUAACCACCCUGCACACAUGUCUCCUCCAGCUGUUGCGCUCACCAAUGGGGGGCCGGUAGCUGUAAGUCGGGCUAGCGUUGUUCUGAACCCGCCCUCUCAGAUGCCAAGUCAAAAUGGGCAACACCCCAAUCCUAGUCCGAGCUCGAUGACAGACUCGGAUCAUCAACUGAAUCCAGGUAAUCUGAACCGCACUGCGCGCCCCUUCACCCCAGGCCCGACCUCUCGUGCGUCUGUAACCUCCGUGAUGUUUCGCCCUCCCCAACCCAAACCCGCAGCCGUGGCCAUGACGACCAAACCAGUGGCGGCCGUCUCCAUGGUGACCAUCCAACCCACUUGGCAACCAUCAGGGCCGGAUGCAAGGAGAGCGGUGUCUAGCACCUCUCUGUACAUCCCUCCGAGAAAUAACCACAGCAACACGUCUCCCCCCUCUGUUAACUCGCCUCCCUCCUCGCUGUCCUCGGCACCUUUCUCCCAGCCCGCCGCAAAUCCACCCACAUUUUCCCCUCAGCCCGCAGCGUAUGCUUCCCCCUCCAUCCCGUUCUCUCCUCCUGCAGCUCAAAGCACCCUGUUCUGUCCAUCACCUGCUCAACCCUUUUCCCCUCCAGCUCCUAUUUACCCGCCUCCCUCCACCUACAUGUCUGCUUCUCCCAUCUCCCCUCCACAUCCCCCUGAUCUGACUCAGGUCUCCUUUCAGCCCACCCAUCCUCCUCCUCCUCUUCCUCCCACGCAACCUUCUCCAUCUCCAUCUCUCCACCCCUACUUCAACGCGACAGGUGCAGCGACUCCCGGCCCCUAUGCUGCCACGGCAACUGCAUCACCACCCCAUGCUCCUGCCGCCGAUUCAAUGACGACACGAGAGGAGCGCAUCUCGGUCCCCGCUGCUCGCACCGGCAUCCUGCACGAUGCCCGUCUUCGCAGCAAAAAGAAGCCGAUGUUCUGCGCGGUCCAGAACAAAGAUAUUUCCCCGAACCCGGACUUGCUGUCAAUGAUCACGAACAUGGACGACCGCUUUGUGAGAACCCCGGGCGCCGAGCCUGCAGGAGCUGUGCCCAGUGGGGAGACGGGACAUGAGUCGGGGCCUGAGGAGGACUGGCUGAGGCUGGGGGCGGAGGCCUGCAACUUCAUGCAGGCUCAGCGGAGACCCAGACCACCUCCUGUCGCUCCCAAACCCCAAACCCCUCAGGUGCCACAGCUGGCGGGGAAGGGAGGUGAGCUGUUUGCCCGCAGGCAGAACAGGAUGGAUCGGUACGUUGUGGAGAGAUCUCCAUCUGUCGCUGCAGCGCCGUACUCCCCCGCCCAGACAAGGGAGUCCUCGCCCACGCCCUCUCUCCCUUCCACCUGGAAAUACUCGUCCAGCAUCCGUGCUCCUCCUCCCAUCAGCUACAACCCCCUGCUCUCUCCCUCCUGCCCUCUGAAGGCCCAGAAGAAGUCUGAGGUGACAAAGUCGGGGCCAGCUGGAUCUAAAGGGAAGAAAGCGGGCCUCAAGUCUGUGGACAUUAUGAGCCACCAGCCCUACCAGCUCAACUCUUCUUUGUUCAGCUAUGGCGGUGGGGUUCCCAUGGACACCUCCACCUAUCAGGGAGGAAUGGCAGGUGGUCCUCAGAAGACAGCACGAGUAUACGAGGUGAAGCGCUUCUCCACGCCUCCACCCACAUCCACAGGGCCCGCUCUCAAAGUUAUUGUACCUCGAUCGGCUACGACACUUGGAGAACCACUGUGGCGCUCUGAUGUCACAUCUCCACCCACAGUUGGCCCCAACGCCUACCAACCUCAGUGGGCCACCUCCCCUCUGUCUCCCCCACCUGCCCCCACCGCCCCACUCCCUCAGCUCCCCACCUUCUCCGCUGCUUCAAACCCACUCCAGUCCCCGACUUUCUCCCACCUUCAGCCCUCCAACGCUGCGCAGGCCAACAGGCAGUUUAAGAGCGCCCCAAAUCUGAGUCCACACGGCCCCGCCGGGGCCUCUCGGCCGCCAUCCAGCAGCACUCUACCUAACAGUGUCCCCAGGCCCAGGUUCAGCACUUCCAACCUGGGUCUGCAGCCUUGCGUCUGGCGCCCUGGAUCCACUAUGCACUGACUGGUCCGGACGUAAUAAACCAUGGCGCUAUGAGAACAUAGAGCCACAUUUUCUAAAUAGGUCCAUGUGUUUUUAGUAUUGUAACGUUGUUAUUCAGGGCUGCAGCUUUGGGGUUUUACCAGCCACGUUUUAUCACAAGAUCUGUUUGGAUCGGCCACCCAUGUAGCACAUUUUAUCACUUACAUUUAAUCUUGUUGACUCAUUUAUCCAACGCAUUUGGCUGUAGUUAGAGGGAACACUGUGUUUUGCAAAGGAAAAUGUAGUGUGGAAACCUGAGAAAAGUUUUAAAACAAAAACGGAGAUCAACGACAGAUUGAAAGGACAGAAAGAGAUGCUGGAGAAAUAAAGUUCU